AUGGCUGAUAUUCCAGACAAGUCAGAAUCCGCUAUCCUUGGCCCUGACACCGCUGCCGUCCCUGUCCCCGUCCCUGUCGCUGCUCCUGUCCCUGUCGAGACUGCAGUCGAGGCGCCUGUCCCUAUUCCCACCAUCGAGAAACCUGUCAUCGCUCCUCAAGAGACCCCAGCAGAAGCCACAACAGCAGAUGCUGCUCCAGCAGCAACACCCAAAGAUGACAACGCCAUCAUCACUGACUCCACAGCCGACAACCAGUCGUCAGCACCUGCUGCUGAAUCUGCAUCAGCGCCGGCACAGGCUGAACCCUCUCAAGGAGCCGACACAGUGAUGGGCGAACCUGCUAACCCAGAGACCGCUGUCGAGACCAACCAACAGGAGACCUCCACCAAUCAAGGUAUCGAAACUGACGGGCCCACCAACGAGGGUGCAGAGUCGAGCCAAGCCAACUCGUCUGCUAUGGAGACCGAUCCCAAGGCCUCUGCCGCCCCUACAGCUAAUGCCUCUGCCGACCCUUAUACCGAGCAGGACGAGGGCUACAAGGGCACAGAGCUCGCGUCCUCCGUCCCCGCACCUUCCGAGAAAGCUGCUGUGGAGGCCAAGAGUGACAACGCAAAAACCAGUGCUGAAACGACCGGAGAGGGCCAGUCUGCCACCAAGGCAGCUCCUGCUGCCAAUGCUAACCCGUCUGGAAAGGGGAACAACAACCAUCACCCUCACCACAACAACAACAACUACAGCCGACCCUACCAGAGAGGUGGUCGUGGAGGCUUCAACAACCGCUAUGGGUUUCAGAACAACAGUCGCAACUUCAACAACCCAAGACCCUUCAACAAUAACAAUAACAACAAUGGUCCUAACAGCAACAACAACAACAACAACAACAUGAACAACGGGCCUAACCAUCAAAACAACAAUUACAACAACCUCAAUCACCAUAAUAACAACAACAACAAUUUCAAUAACCAGAACAACCACAACAACGGCGGUAACAGCGGCAACUUUUACAACAACAAUAGCAACAAUAGCGGCGGUAACAACCAUCAUACUGGUCCUGGUCCCAUUCGUCGUGGCGGAUUCCGAGGUGGUAUGCAAGACCAAAGACCCUACCGUCGUGAAGAGCCUUACCGUGGCGGUCGCCAGGGUGACCACUUCCAGCAGCGUCCUCGCGAUAACUUCAACAACAAUAACAACAACCAAGGGUUCAACAACAACAAUCAAGGGUUCCACAAUAACAACAACCAAUACCAGAACCAGAACCAGAACCACCAUGGCCCCCAUCACCCCAACAAUCACCCCAACAACAACACCAACAGCAACAACUUCAAUAACCAAAACAACGGGCCUUUCGUUUCUGGACCCAAUGAUCAGAAUUUCCAGCAGCCGCAGCAGAGACCUCCUCACUAUCAGCAGCGCCAACAGCAGCAGCAACAGCAGCAGCAGCAGCCUCAUCAGAACGGCCCUCCUGGUCCAGCUCAUCAUCAAAACCAGCAGCAACAGCAGCAUCAAAACCAACAGCAGCCACCUCGAUUCCAAGGACCGGAUCACAACGAUAGACAGAGACCUCCACGCGCCCCUCGCGGCCCUCCUCUGCCUCCUCAAGGCCCUCCUCAAGGCCCUCUUAUGCAGAACCAGGGACCCCCUCCUCCUGGUCCGGCCAGAGGACCCAAAGGAGGUGAUGUCAAGUCGAUCUUUGACUAUGCAAAGGGCAUGCGUUGGGAUCAGGGCAACCAACUUCCCGCCGGGUCUCCUAAUCCAAAUGCGGCACAGGAUCCCUCCUUCCAUAACGCACCAAAUGCCGGACCACCCGCUGCUGCUGCCGGUGCAUAUGCUGCGCCCUAUGGCCAGGCAGCUCCUGCUGCUCAAGCCUACGGUCAACAGCCACCGGCCCAGGGUUAUGAACAGUAUGCUCAUCAGCCUCCAGUAGCUGCCCCAGUGGCUGCUGCUGCCGCCCCUUACCAGCAAGAGUGGUACCCUAACGGUCAGGUGAAUGUGGCUCCUCCAGUUCCAGUUGGUGCUGGCGGGCCCACUCGAGGACCUAACGGACCCAAUGGACGUGAUUGGCAAAACCCCUCUGAGCAGGCGACUCCAUACAAGCGCCCAUCGAACGCUGGUCGCGGAGGCCGUGGAGGUGGCAGAGGCGGCUUUACCGGAGGAGCUUCGAACCGUGCAGGACAGCAAAACACACCUGGAUUCAACAACCCAGCUGCAGCUGCAAACAACAACGCUGGUGUCAACAGCAUUCCCUUGAACCAGAACAACCCAUCCGCCGCUGCUACCGCCACAGGAUAUGGAGCUGCAGCUAACGGUUAUGCUGGACGCCAACCCCCUUUGCCUGCUCAACCUCCACCAACAGCACUUCAGCAGCAACACCAGCAGCAGCAGCAGCAGCAGCAGCAACAACAGGCACAGCAGGCUCAACAGCAGCAGGCCGCCUACUCCCAAGCAUAUGCCCAGAACUACGGAUAUCAGGCUGCAGCCACGUAUCAGACUCCUGCCGCUGCUACUGCGUACCAACAACAAGCACAGGCCGCAGCAGCAUACCAAACACCUGCCGCGGGAUAUCAAGCUGGCGCCACUGCCUACCCAGCGGCCGCUGCAAACGGAUAUCAGGCCGCAGCAGCAACAGCUUACCCUGCUGCUGCGUAUCCCGCUGGAGCUACCGCCUACCCGGCCACUGCCACUGGUUACCCGGCUGCCGCUGGAGCUGGUGCCUACCCUGCUGCUGCAGGAGGAUAUCAGGCCGCCGCUACAGGCUACCAACAAGCGACAGGCUAUCAAGCAACAGCAGCCUACCCAACGGCCGCCGGUGCCUAUCCUGCAGCAGGAGGUGCAGCAGCAACCGCCUACCCAGCCGCCGGUGCGUACCCUACUGCAGCAGGUGCUUACCCUGCUGCCGCCGCCACAGGCUAUCAAGCAGCAGGAUACCAACAACCAGCAGCAGGAUACCAGGCAGCAGCCACGGCCUACCAGCCUUACCGGUAA